AUGGGCGUGGCCUCGAUGGGGCGGAGACAAGAUGGCCACCCCGAGCGCUUGGAGGACCUAAGAGGCGGCGGCCGGGGCCACGCCCCGGGCGGGAGGGCCGCUCUGCCGGGGCCCCGGGGACCCCGGGCCACGGAGAGCGGGAAGAGGAUGGACUGCCCGGCCCUCCCCCCCGGAUGGAAGAAGGAGGAAGUGAUCCGAAAAUCAGGACUCAGCGCUGGCAAGAGCGAUGUCUACUACUUCAGUCCAAGUGGAAAGAAGUUCAGAAGCAAACCUCAGUUGGCAAGAUACCUGGGAAAUACUGUUGACCUCAGCAGUUUUGACUUCAGAACUGGAAAGAUGAUGCCUAGUAAAUUACAGAAGAACAAGCAAAGACUGCGGAAUGAUUCUCUCAAUCAAAAUAAGGGUAAACCAGACUUGAAUACAACAUUGCCAAUUAGACAAACAGCAUCAAUAUUCAAACAGCCUGUAACCAAAGUCACAAACCAUCCUAGUAAUAAAGUGAAAUCAGACCCACAACGAAUGAAUGAACAGCCACGUCAGCUUUUCUGGGAGAAGAGGCUACAAGGACUUAGUGCAUCAGAUGUAACAGAACAAAUUAUAAAAACCAUGGAACUACCUAAAGGUCUUCAAGGAGUUGGUCCAGGGAGUAAUGAUGAGACCCUUUUAUCUGCUGUUGCCAGUGCUUUGCACACAAGCUCCGCACCAAUCACAGGACAAAUCUCCCCAGCUGUAGAAAAGAACCCUGCUGUUUGGCUAAACACAUCUCAGCCCCUCUGCAAAGCUUUCAUUGUCACAGAUGAAGACAUUAGGAAACAGGAAGAACGAGUACAACAAGUCCGCAAGAAAUUGGAAGAGGCGCUGAUGGCAGACAUCCUGUCCAGGGCUGCUGAUACAGAAGAGAUGGAGAUUGAAAUGGACAGUGGAGAUGAAGCCUAAUGUGUGAUCAGGUUACUUUCGACUGACUUUCCCCAAGAGAAAAUUCCUAGAAAUUGAAUAAAAAUGUUUCCACUGGGUUUGCCUGUAAGAAAAAAAUGUACCCGAGCACAUAGAGCUUUUUAAUAGCACUAACCAAUGCCUUUUUAGAUGUAUUUUUGAUGUAUAUAUCUAUUAUUCAAAAAAUGAUGUUUAUUUUGAGUCCUAGGACUUAAAAUUAGUCUUUUGUAAUAUCAAGCAGGACCCUUAAGAGGAAGCAGAGCUUUUGAUGCCAGGUGCAAUCUACUGGAAAUGUAGCACUUAAAUGAAAGAUUUGUCCCCCCGCCCCAGUUUUACUAUAAACAGAUCAGGAGUACCAAAUAAAUUCCCCAAUUAAAGAUUAUGAUGACUUCACUGUAUAUAAACAGAUUUUUAUACUUUAUUGAAAGAGGACACCUGUACAUUCUUCCAUCAUCACUGUAAAGACAAAUAAAUGAUUAUAUUCACAGA